AUGCCUCAGCUCUCCUCCCCCAUCCACAUCCUCCAGAAUGUGCGACUGGCGUCCGGGUCGUCGACAACCUGGGACAUCGCCUUUGAGCACCCGCAGGACUCUCCGCGAGGUAUAAUCAAGGCCAUCACCCCCUCAAACGCGGACUCCCAAUCGCCCCCUCUGGCCCUCCCAUCCCUCACCCACCCACACAUCCACCUCGACAAGGCCUUCGUCCACAGCGCCCCUCAAUAUGCGCAUCUCCUCCCGUCUACCGGCUCCUUCGCCGAAGCCCUCUCCUUCACCAGCCAAGCCAAAGCGCAGUUCACCCCGGCCGACGUGCGCCAGCGCGGCGCCUGGCUGCUGGCCGAGUCCGUCUCGGCCGGGGUGACGGCCAUGCGCGCCUUUGUCGAGGUCGACCACACAGUGAACGAGACCUGCAUCGCCGCCGGCGUCGCGCUCAAGCACGAGUGGCAGUCCCUCUGCGACAUCCAGCUCGUCUGCUUCGCGCAGGACCCCAUCUGCUCGGGCGAGUUCGGCGCCGCCAACCGCCGCUGCAUCGAGGCCGCCCUGUCGCGCUACUCCGCCGACAUCGCCGUCCUCGGCACAACGCCCUACGUCGAGGCCUCGCCCGCCGCGGCCAAGGCCAACAUCGACUGGGCCGUCGCCCGCGCCCGCGCCCUCGACCUCCACCUCGAUUUCCACCUCGACUACCACCUCGACCCGGCCCGGCCCCCGCUCGUCUGGCAUGUGCUGCAGGCGCUCCGCGCAACCGGCUGGACAACGCUCACCUCCACGAAACGCGUCAUGCUGGGCCACUGCACCCGCCUCGCGCUGUUCACCGACGCGGAGUGGCGCGACCUCGCCGCCUUCAUCCGCGACCACCAUCUCCCCGUCAGCUUUGUCGGCCUCCCCACGAGUGACCUGUACAUGGCGGCGGCCCCCGCCGGGCCCGGUCCGCGAGGCACCCUGCCCGUCCCGCGCCUGAUCCGGGCGUACGGCUUGGAUGUCGUGAUGGGGGUAAAUAACGUAGGCAAUGCGUUUACGCCGUGGGGCUCGGCGGAUCCGCUGGCGCUGGCGUGCUUGGGCGUCGGGGUGUACCAGGCGGGCACGCAGGCGGAUGCCCAGCUGUUGUAUGAGUGUGUGUCGACGCGGGCGCGCGCGGCGAUCGGGUUGGCGGCGCCGCGGGAUGGGCUGGAUUUGAGGGUUGGCGAUGCGGCGGAUCUGUUGGUGCUGCGGGAUGUUGAUGAGACGGGGUGUGGGAUGGCACGGCCGCGGAAGAGCGUGGCCGGGGUGGUUUGGGAUCCGCCGGCGAGGUUAUUACUUGCUGAUUGUACACCAGGAAGACUUUCAACUUCAAAACCUCCAGGUAAUAAAGAUGAUGGCUCUAGGAACUGGAACCGUCUGUAG